AUGAAUGAUACUAAAGGUUUAUCAUCAGCGCUUCUACAAAUGAAGAAGACAAAAACUCGGAUAGAAGAGGCAUCCGAAAAAAAAAGAAAAAAAGCUAUUGAGAGGACUUUUUACAGCAGAAAAAGGAAAGCAGAGGAAGAAAAAGCUCCAGAUUUAAAUAUUUCGUACGAAAAUCGAAUUGAAGUAUUGGAAGAUCUUGUUUUUGGACGGUUGUCUUUUAACGGUUUCAAUCCUGAAGUUGAGAAACUAAUGAAAUAUUAUAAAGAUUUGAAAGAAGGUGUGGUGACUGAUGAAGUCACCGUCGAUGCUGAACAGGAAAUUACUGAUUGUGAAUUAGCAAAUUCUGUGUUUGGAAAUAGAAGAAAAAGGAAAAUUGGAAAUAAGCGUCAUAAAAAACAGAAUAUCGGAAGUUUGACUGGUGAAUGUAAUACGUGGCCUAAGAAACCGAAACAAUAA